CAUUUGACUUCACACAUGGUGAACACACUCGGUCACCUGCGUGCUGCACUCUCGACGAGUACAAUAUCUUCUGGUUGUUGGCCAUUCUACUCCAGGAUACCUUUCUACAUGGCGGGUAAACCUGUAUUUGAAAAUAUCAUUGAUGCAACAAGGACAUUGAUACAGUAUGAAGAUGCAAGGAAACAUGUGUCCACGUUUUGUGAAAGAUCAGCUCUAAGAAUGCUAAAGCAAAAAGGAUCUAUAUUCAUUAAGGGCAAAUCAGGCUCUGGUAAGUCCAGCCUCGGUCUCAGGUUACUGGCACAUAUGGAAUCAGAAACUAAAAGGACACCUGUUGUAAUCACAUCUGCCACUCAGUGGAAUAUCAUUCCUAAGUCUGGAAAGGAAAAGUAUAUUGUCAUGUUGGAUGACAUAUUUGGUUCCAGCAGUAUGGUGCAAACACAUGUUGAUAGAUGGCUGGCAAAGUUCAAUACGAUGUGGCCACUUAUAGAAACAGGACAUUUAUUCAUAGUCUUAACAUCGAGACCAGAAAUUUAUGACCAGUGUGCAAAACAAGUAAAUAAAAAUAUCCUUAUGAAAAGCAUCACAAGUAUUACUCUCGACAAAGAUGAGUUUACGCUGAGAGUGAGUGAGAAGAUAAGAUUUUUGAAGUUGUAUUGUGGGAAUUCUAAUUUCACCAAGGACGAUUUACAGGAGAUAGUAGAGAAAAGUGACCCACCACUUGGGUUUCCACAGUGCUGCAGUUUUUUUGCCAGCAGCAGACGAGCACGAUCAAAUGGUAAACACUUUUUCUUAAAACCUUACGAGUUCAUCGCCCAAGAAAUAGACAUCCUGGAAGAGAGCGACCCUUUUGGGUACUUUGUAUUGAUACUGGUGAUGAUGCACAAUGGUCGACUAGGUUUAUACGAGCUAGACUCCAUACGAGAAUCAGAGGACUUUUGUAAUGCAGUUCAUACUUUGCAAAACAUUUGUAAGCCAUCAGACAUGCCGUCACGUAUCAACAUCAGACAGAAGGCUGAAUCACUUUGUGAGGUCUAUCUCAUUCAUUCCAACAAACAUUUCCAGUUUUGUCAUCAAUCCAUAUUCGAUGUUUUAUUUCUGAAAAUGAGUCAAACAGAUCAUUCAAUUUGUAUGAAGAUUUGCCCAGCUCAUUUGUUGGUUGAACGCGUGAGGACACAAAACCAACAAAACCUUUCUUCAACCAAUGGUAUUUUAGAGAUCCCAUCCGGGAGCUUUGGUGUACUAGCUGACAGAAUUACUGCACUGCUGUUGUCCGACGACUGUGUACAUGUUCUUGAUCACCCGUCCUUGCGAGAAACAUGUUUUGUCCAGUUUUUGUUUCACAAAUGGUGUGAAGCUGAUGUCAUUUCUAAAUUGUUCAAGACAACUCUGAAUCACGUUAUAAAGGUGGAAGUGCUCAAUCCAUGCAGAGAAGGUCAAACUAUUUCAUUGUUUGAAUGUGAUAAUCUGCUCUCUUGCAUGACGUUGAAAGGAAAUACUGAACUUGUGAGUUUACUUCUACCUGUUUCUGAAACGUAUUUGAAUCCCUCUAUGCUCCAACAGGUACUUGCAUGUGCCAUCUAUGGAUGCAAUCAUCAGCUAUAUGAGCUAUUGAUAGCAAUGGGAGUACAAGCCCAUGACGAUUGUUUUCGGGCAAUGUGUGCCAUCCAUAAGAAUGAAGAUAUGGAUAUGGUCCAAACUGUUGUAUUUUCACCAAAUGUGCAAUAUUUUAAGAUGUCAGACUUUACCGACUUGUUCACACUAGCCGUACUGAAUCAAAAUCAGCAGAUGGCAAAAUCUCUCUUGCAUCCAAACCCAAUGCACUUACCAAUUUACAGUGAAUGUGUGGAAAUGCUGUUUAUUGUUUUGGCACAGGGCUAUGAUUCGCAGAGCAGUAGACAUGAACUAAAUGACAAUAGCGAAGAAGCAUACACUUCUGUCGUUGAGGAACUAUUGAGAACGGGAUGCAAGAUCGACCCAGAGUCUCUCUUAUAUUGUGCAGCAAGUCAUGCAACAGCAGCUGCCAUGAGGUGUAUCUUCAAGGUAUACCCCCUUGUCAACGUGAACAAAAUGCAUCUGGAAUACACUCCACUUCAAAAGGCACUACUUUUUGGUGGAGUUGAAUGUUUGUCUUUGCUUCUAGACCAUGGUGCGGAAAUAUCUGUGACAGAAAUGAAUUCAUAUAAUACUACAGUAUUUCACAUGGCAGCAAAAGCAAAACGACAUAGUAAGCAGAAACUUGAGAUAAUGUUUGCAAAAAUUGGCUCAGAUCAAAGAACUGAAGGCCUUCACAAAGAAGCACAUACUGUUCUACAGCAAACGACCAAACGCGAAAACGGCAAAGAACAUACAAAAGAUAUCCAACCCCAUAUGAGAUUAGCACACUUAGUAAAUAGAAUGGACAUAACCAAAGAGACACCCCUUCAUAAGGCAGCAUACACUGGCAAUGCAGAUUCAGUAAAAUGCUUGAUCAAUGCUGGAGCUAGGAUAAAUGCACAAGACGAAUUUGAUAUGACCCCACUUCACUUGGCCGUGAUGAAGGAUCAUACGGAUUGCAUCAUGUACCUUCUAGCAGCAAAUGCCUCUUUGGGGAUUACGGAAAUGUACGACUCUCUUCCCUUAGCAAUGUCUUAUGGGAGCAGCAUCAGCACCCUGAAGGCAAUUGUUUCAACUGUAAGUAAAAGCUUCAAAGACAAUAGGCAACUUAGUGGACACUUGUUGACAGCUGUUCAAAAUAACGAACUGGACAAAGUGAAGCUGCUAUGUGAUAAUGGAGCUGAUGUGAAUUCAAACUUUGCUGAUGGAACUCUAUUGCAUGAAGCAGUUGAGAAGAGUGAUAUCGACAUGGUGAUGUGCUUGUGUGAGAAGGGAGCAAGGGUUGAUGCCAUUGAUUUUGAGGGGUAUUCUGUUGUUCACAGGGCAAUUAAGUCAGAAAUUGAACCCGUUGAAAAGGUGAUGUACCUUCUUGAUGAGCGACAUGCACCUGUAAAUGUUCAAGAAGGAAGCCAUAAACGAACUGCCUUGUUUUCAGCAGUGUUAGCCGGAAAUGACGAAAUUGUGGAGAUUUUGUUAGAACGACAAUUCAACCAUAUGCAUACAGGAGUGCAUGCUUAUUCAGUUCUCCACACACUUUGUCUUCAAAGGAAUUACAAUGGAUCUGUUUUCAAAGUGUUGUCAAAAUUUGAUAAUCAGUUUCUAAAUAUUCAGACUGAUGAGGGUGAGACUGCACUGCACAUACUUGCACGAAACAACGAUGCAUAUGGUAUGAAGCUGUUACUUGAGAGAGGUGCUGACCACUCCAUUCAAAACAAUGAAGGUAUGACUCCACUUCAUGUUGCUGCAUUGGAAAGUGUUGAUUGUCUACAGCUCCUGCUCCAUUUUAAGGCAGACCGUCACACCAAGGACUCCAAACGCCGUACCGUCCUCCACCACUCUGCGAAAGCAAGGAACACGAGAACCCUUACACUCCUUCUUAAAUCAAAAUCAGAUUUAGAUUCAGUUGAUGAAAACGGAUGGACAGCAGUUCAUUGGGCAGCGGAAUAUGGACGCAAAGACAACAUCAAACUUCUGUUAGAAAAUGGGGCUGAUCUGUAUACUCAAGACAAUCACGGGAGAACAGCCCUCCAUGUCGGAUGUGAAGGAAUAAAUAGCCAAACAGUGGAGUUAAUACUCCAAAAAAUGUCAAACGCAAAUAUACUUGAUGAAAGAAUGAGAUCACCACUUCAUGUUGCUGCAAGAAGGGGAUGUGGCGACAAUGUAAAGUUAUUGCUAGACAAAGGGGCAAACCCAUUUGCAAAAGACGUGAAAGGUAGAAUUCCACUUCACCUUGCUGUAAAAACCAAGGAUAGUAUAUGUGUAAAGUUGCUGCUCUUUGCAAACUCGGAUGUGUGUGCAGUUGAUAAUAAUGGUGACACUCCUCUUCAUCUUGUUACAAAAAGGAGUCCCAGUUCCAGUAUUGAACUGCUGCUGGAGAAUGGUGCCAAUUCAAACAUUCAGAAUAAGAACGGAAAUACGGCCCUUCAUCUUGCAGUAUAUAGGGGCAUUAACAAAUGUGUAAAACUGCUUCUAGGAAACGGUUCAGAUUCAAGUGUUCAAAACUACCAAGGCCAAACACCUUUACACCUUGUUUCUAAAAGAGGAAAUCGUGAGUGUGUUCAACUUUUGUUACAGCAUGGAACCAAUGCAUCUCUGUGUGACAUUAAAGGAAGAUCUCCUUUUCAUUAGGACAUGAAGUCUUCAUUUGUAAGAUAGUUAUAUCCUUACUGCUCUGCAGACUCCCAUGUGUAAUGACAAUAAUAUCUCUGUUUGUCAUAUCUGUCAACUGUGCAAUAAGGUCUUGGAAUACUGAUGUAUUUUAUUGAUGUGAGAUAUAAACCUACCGAUGUUGUAUCAUCAAACCAUUAUAAAAAUGGCUUGUUUUAGCAGUGUUGCCAGGAGAUGAUUGGGUUGAGUUUUAAUAAUACAGACAGAUGAGGGCAAGACGGCUCUGCUCAUACCUGCAUGAACCGAAAUGAAAGUGGAAUGAUGAUGUUUUGUGCUGAUCACUCUAUUUGUGGCCUAGAGUACACAUCCUGUGUGUCCGGAAAUGUCCUCACUGGCUACACGUACAGGAAAGGAUCCAGUUCAAAGAGAUCUUCCUAAUGUGUAUCAACCUUCGAGAAGUCUUUGUUAACCUGAGUAGUUUCUCUUUGCAGUACCCCUUCAAGUUAAACAACUUAACUUGGCAGAUCUUGUUACCACUCUUCUGCGAUGAUUCUCCCACAACACAUCAGACUUGCUCAUUCAUUAACAGCCUUUAAAUCCUGACUAAAUCCAUGUAUUUCAACAAAAUUGGCAAUUAUUUACUGUGUGUUUGUAUGCCUCAGAGCAUACCCACGUGCGUGAGGCAUACCCACAGCGCUUGCUUUACAGGUGGACUCAUUAUUAUCAGUUAUAUACAGCUUACAAUAUGUAACUGCGGCAAAGAGGGUUUUGGUGAUCCUGGCAAAGUUCGGCCGAUUAGGACCAUCAUCAGCUCAGGGCCCUUGCCCCCUCUACACGCAGCCCAGACAGCGAAUGGGACUUCUCCCAGGAAGCGCUGCCUAGUCAAACCCACCCAGAAGUUUUCGAAGAAUGUGAAGACUCCCCAACACUGCACAGAUUUUCAGAAGGGCUGUAUUCCUGACAGUGGACCGGGUACUCUCCCUAUGUCUGACAACAGAUUGGGAGUUACCAAACCUAAGGCACCGAGAACAAUGGGGACAACUUAGUACGUGUGAUGCAAGCGUGACAUUUUGAAAGCGAGUUUCGCAUUUUCGGAAAUUCGUUGAUAAAAAUGUUUUCACUGAAUUUAUCAAAAGGAACGGUCAUGUUUGUUUGCUUAGAUAAAUCUGAAGCUAUAUAUGGGCCUAUUCGCAAGACCUUGAUAAUUAUCCUUUUUUUCAUGACGCCCUCCACAUGCAGGGUCAAGAGUCAAAACCACAAGCAUGGAAAAGACGGUAAUAAAAGCAUCACGCCAUGCCAUCAUGUCGGUUAAGAUACUGUGUUUGUGCCAGACUCAUUAAAUUCCUUACACAAUCUACAUUUCAUAUUUACAUUUUGAUGCAAUAUCACACACUGACUGUUUUGAGUGGGACGUGGCUGGUCCUGAUCAGCAAAGAGAAGCCUUCUGUUUCACUUUUCAGGGGAGCCGACUUCAUCCUAGCAAAUGACUCUGCAGGGUUGCUGCUCCAUAUAACCUCAACGCAGUGAUCGUAAAGACAAUUUCUCCUUGAAAAACUGUGUCUGUGUCGAUUUGAUAUGGCACUUCGCUUGGUUGACACUCAUUUCUGUACCGUCCAGCAGCACAGCACCAUCAACAAAAUAAACAUCGAUAUUGAGAUUGUUCAACAUCCUUGGCUAGUCGAAGAAAUCUGUUGAAUGCCUUGUUUUUUUAUUUCUUAGUCCUGAUAUAUAACAUAAGGGAAGCAGAAGUCAGGUUGUUAGCCAAUCAAAUGCAUCAUGAAAUCACUUGUAAUUAAGUGAUUGAUAGACAAAUAGAAAACUGGAAUUUUAAGAAGGACAUAAUAUAUUUUGUAUGUUUGUCAAUGUUCAGAAUCCACAAGGUACUAAGUAUUUAUAUUAAAACUUUUUGAUUGGCCAACAAAACAGUUGUUUGGCAAAAACUAUGUCAAAUGUGCAUUUGUUUGUUAAUGUGUUUUACAUGUCUUUUACAACGACAACCAUCUUUUUUUGUGUUACCUCUCCCAGGUAAGCGUUGACGAUCGGGGCAGGCAGUUCGUGGAGUAGUAGUAGUAACUAUUUCAACGAGAAUUGUUAUUAAAAUAUAUUCUCUGUGGAAUCAUUUUUCGUUUUAAUUUUAGCUGCUACUGAAUAGAAGGUAAAACACACGUAUGACGUGCUAUGAGACGCAUUAAGCAAAACACAAACACAAUUUCAUGUAUCCAAGUGAUGGUGUAGCAGGAAUAAA